GUCCGUCCACACUCUCUCAGUUCCUUCCUCAUCCCCUUCCCAAGCAAAAACCAGGACGCUACUACGCUAAGGCUCCACCAUAAAUAGCAGCCAGAGGAAGCAGCUCGGGGAACAGAGCAAGCUUGAGAGAGAGAGAGAGAAGCAAGUGUGCGAGCGCCCUGCUUGUUACCACUAGCAUGGACGGGGCGGCGGCGGCGGCGAUUAGGCACCGGACGGUGGAGGCGAACGGCAUCGCGAUGCACGUGGCGGAGUCCGGCGACGAGGGGAGCCCGCGGGCGGUGGUGGUGUUCCUGCACGGCUUCCCGGAGCUCUGGUACUCGUGGCGCCACCAGAUGCAGCACCUGGCCGCGCGGGGCUACCGCUGCGUGGCGCCCGACCUCCGCGGCUACGGCGGCACCGACGCGCCGCCCGACGUCGCCUCCUACUCCGCCUUCCACGUCGUCGGCGACGUCGUCGCACUCCUCGACGCGCUCGGCCUCGCCAAGGUGUUCGUUGUGGGUCACGACUGGGGCGCCAUCAUCGCGUGGUACCUCUGCCUGUUCCGGCCGGACCGCGUGACGGCGCUGGUCAACACCAGCGUGGCCUUCAUGCGCCACGUCUUCAUCCGCGCCGGCGCCGGCGCCGGCGCCGUCAAAACCACCGACUUCUUCAGCCGCACCUACGGGCCCACCUACUACAUAUGCCGCUUCCAGGAGCCUGGGGUUGCAGAGAAGGAGUUCUCUCCGGCCAACGCCCGGUACAUCGUGAGGCAGAUCCUGUGCAACCGCUUCACCUCCGAGGCGGCCGGCGGCGCCAAGCCGGCGGCGGCGGCGGCCGACGAGGAGCCGCUCCCGCCGUGGCUGACGGAGGCGGACGUGGACCGGUUCGCGUCGGAGUUCGAGCGGACAGGGUUCACGGGCGGCAUCAACUACUACCGCAACAUGGACCGGAACUGGGAGCUGGCGGCGCCGUGGGCGGACGCCAAGGUGGCGGUGCCCACCAGGUUCGUGGUCGGCGACGGCGACCUCACGUACCACUACCCGGGCAUCCAGGACUACAUCCACAAGGGCGGCUUCAAGGCCGACGUGCCGCUGCUGGAGGACGUCGUCGUCAUCCCCGGCGCCGGCCACUUCAUCCAGCAGGAGAAGGCCGACGAGGUCAGCCACCACAUCUACGACUUCAUCUCAAAGCACCGGCAGGUGGAGGUCAACGGCAUCUCGAUGCACGUCGCGGAGGCCGGCCCGGAGGCCGCCUCCGCGCCUGCGGUGCUGUUCGUGCACGGCUUCCCGGAGCUGUGGUACUCGUGGCGCCACCAGAUGGGGUACCUCGCCGCGCGCGGCUACCGCUGCGUCGCGCCCGACCUCCGGGGCUACGGCGGCACCUCCGCGCCGCCGGAACCGCCCUCCUACACCGUCUUCCACAUCGUUGGCGACCUCGUCGCGCUCCUCGACGCUCUCCGCCUCCCGCAGGUGUUCGUGGUGGGGCACGACUGGGGCGCCAUCGUGUCGUGGAACCUGUGCCUGCUGCGGCCGGAUCGGGUGCGCGCGCUCGUCAACCUCAGCGUUGCCUUCAUGCCCAGGCGCCCAGGAGUCAAGCCCGUUGAGUACUUCCGCUCCGCAUACGGCGACGACUACUAUAUCUGCCGAUUCCAGGAACCUGGAGUUGAAGCAGAAUUCACUGCUUUUGACUUGAAGAAUUUCUUCAAAUUGGCAUUGACUGUUCAAACCACAGGUUCUUCUACUAUGAACCUUCAAAAAAUGCAAGCAUACAAUAAGGAAAUCAAACUCCCUUCUUGGCUCUCUGAGGAAGAUGUCAGCUACCUUGCAAAUGUGUAUGCAAAAACUGGAUUUGCUGGUGGGGUAAAUUACUACCGCUGCUUAGACCUGAAUUGGGAACUGUUGGCUCCAUGGACAGGAGCAAAAGUGCAAGUGCCUACUAAGUUCAUUAUUGGGGAUGGUGACCUGGCAUACCAUCACCCUGGAGUGAAAAGCUACAUCCACAGGGGCGGACUCAAGAGGGAUGUACCUAUGCUUGAGGAGGUGGUGGUUAUCAAGGGCGCUGGGCACUUCAUCCAGCAGGAAAGAGCACAGGAAAUCAGUGAACACGUCUAUGACUACAUCAAGAAGUUUGGAACUGGUGUUUCAACACUACAAAUCUCGAAACUGUGAGAUUCGGGGUCUCUAUAGAACCCAAAUAGUCUGGAAACUUUCAUAGCGCUGCAGAUUUGUUACGCUUGGGCCAUUGUCCAUACACAUGGCAUGGAGAUGUUACGUUUUGUAGAGAGAGCGAGGGAUGGAAGGUGUUUGUUCAACUUUGACAUGUGGUAUUUCAUCUGCCAUUUAAGAAAGUGCAAAUCAUCUUGUAAGUUGUAACAUAGCAUUUGUAAUGCUCGUGGCACACUGUAAAUUUGUACAGUGCAGCACAAAACUUCGAAUGGGGUCGAUUGAUACCCGUAUCUGUGAUAUGCAUAUAAAUUUGUAUCAUUUGCUUCUCAAUAGAAAAGGAGCGACCGUUUUUGUGCAA